AGUCAGAAAUCGAAAAUUAACCGGUUGCUUGGAGUUAUUUUAAGGAAAACUGGAGAAAUUGGCUUCAAUUUCCUUUUGAAAAUUUUGAUACACAUUUAUAUGCUGAGGUUAGUCAAGCAGUUUGUGUUUUUCAACUGCAAUCUGACUGGUGAAUAAUUGAAUAUCUUCUGAACCAUUAGUCAUUGGAACCAAGCUUCUUGGAAACGAAUGCGUGGGAAUUUCUAAUGUUUUACAAAUGUUAUAUGGUUGAAGAAAAGCCCAUGUGUGGGCACGAUGUGGCUCUUAUGCAAAUUUAAUAGCCGCGUGUCCAAGAGACAUUUCACAAGCGACAAGUGAGGAAAUAUCCCGUAUCAAGGUGUAGAUGACAUGUGUCAGCUGUGAUGUUUUAGAGUACAAAGUUCUCAAGCAGCACACUUGUUUUGAAAUUCUUGCUAUCGCCGCUCAAUCUUGUUCCCAGAGGACACAAGGAAAGGCGCAUCGAUGUUCAACCUCGAGGAAUCAAGACCGCCGGUUCAAUUCGGCAGAAUUUCUCCACGGACGAAGAUUACGUCACUAGCACAGCUUCGUAAAGGGGAUCAUGUCAUGGAAGAAAGUGCUUUCGGCUACUGGCAUCACUUUAUCGUUGAAAAAGUUAAGCCAAAUUUUGCGUGGGUCAUUCACAAGACUGGUGAUAUGGAGAUCGGUUUGCGAUCUAUCGGUGAAAGCAACCCUACGGGCAAAGCUGAAGUCGUAAGGACUAAAUUUCUUCUCGAACCAGAGCAAGUAGUAUACCGGAUAGAAUACCCCCCUGCGGAUAACGUGGACGGGGAAGUGGUGUUCUCCUCGGAUGAGGUGGUCCGUCGGGCGAGAAAGCGAAUGGGAGAGCGCGAUUACAACGCGUUUACAAGUAACUGUGAGCACUUUUGCCGAGAAUGCAAAGCCGGUAAGCCAGAAAGCUAUCAAGCUUAUGAUGUGCUGUGGACAAUCGGAAGACUGUUGUUAGUAAUCCUCCAGAGCCUAUUUGGGGGAGUUGUGUUCGUUGUUGCUACAGCUACGGGAUUAAUAGCUCAGACAUCAAUGUUACUUAUCGGACACGCUGUGGGUGUCUUAGUGGGACUCAUUCAGGAUGCUGUAUGGAUUGCUUUUGUGGUCCUAACGGCUGAUCAUGCAAGAAGCAAAGGUCAUGUGACACCUGUGGAUGCUGAAAAGAUCAAAGCCAAAAGAGUGACACCCAUUGUGUCAGGAUUUGUGGGAGGAGUGGGAGGGGCAGCAUUAGGCUAUUACUAUUUUCCGGGGAUUGGAAGUGUCAUAGGGGCUGUUGUUGGAAACUUUCUAUGUCAAGCUUUAGGUCUUUUGGUGGGCCGCUGGGUUUCAACACUAUUAAAGUAAAAAACAUGUACCAAGGUUAUUAAUAGUAGAAUUACCAGUAAUAGGCCCUUUGCAUGAUCUGGUCACAUGGUACAAAAUCACACAUGCUGGUGAGCAAGUCGUGC